GUCUACUUUGUGUCUUCUUCAUUCUUGUGCUCUGCACUCCACCAAACACCAGUUCCUCUUCCUCUGCAUCACUGCGUACAGAGUCUGAGGAGCACCAGGAACCACAGAGGAUCUGAGAGGGUGCUGGCCACUGUGGCCCCACAUCUAGGUGAGCCACCAUGCAGCCCCUCCACGCUUGAGCCUUCAAGCACCUCCCUGGUAAAGGCAUGGCAGUGAGACCACAAAGCUAGGACAGAGGUUAGAACUGGGUUCUGAGCAGGGGCAGCAAACCUGAGCUGGGGGACCCCCUUUCAACAGCCCCCACUCCACCCACUCCAGCCCAGGACUCCCAGCCACAGGCAGUUUGGGGGUGGGGCUGUUUGAAGGGCAACCCCUCACUUGCUUAUGAGACCACCCGAAAUGUUGGGGCACUGAGCCAAGCCCAAGGGGCUCAUCUGAAAGAGGGGAAGGGGCUGCUGGGGUUAGGUCUCCUCUGAACCCUGGGAGCCCGCUGGGCACAUGGUAUGUACCCAUUCUCCGGAUGCGAGACUGAGCUGGAGGCCAGAGCCAAACAGUGAGGGGACAACAAGUGAGGGGCAGUUUACUAUCAGAAGUGGCCUGAGCUGUUUUGACCUACAAAAAAAAAAAGUAAUAAUAAACUCAAGUGGGGAGGCUGAGGGUGACCACAGGCUGAGGUCAGGGCUUGGAUUCUGGUGUCUCUGCCUAGGUUGCUUGAAUGGGGGGCAUCCUGGCAUGGAUGCUGUUGUUGCCACUGCUGCUGCAGGAUCUAAAUAGCCAGGGAUUAUCCUGCAAUGUGUCCUCAGUGGAAGUGAACUGGACGAUGGAAUUCACGGACACAUGCUUGAACUUCAGUGGUCAAGGUUUGAGCCUGCCCCGGAACAGGUUUCUGCAGGCCAGCAACGUGCUUCUCCUUGACCUCUCUGGGAACCGCCUUCAAAGGCUCCCGUUUUUCUUCUUCUCUCGCCUGGAGAAGCUGCAGAUCCUGAAUGUGACAGACAACCCCCUGGACUCUGUGGACUCAGAGCUGGCAGAACGCUGCGACCUUGACCUGAGGGCUGAUUGCCUCUGUAUCCUAGACCCUUGGCAUAAGGUCCGGCGGGACAACUGCUCUGGCCAGCUGCCUCUGCAGUGCCUGGACACAGGCACUGGUGCCUGGCACAACCUCUCUUCCUUCCUGGAGAUCGGUUGCCCCCCUGGCCUCUCCUCAGCGACCAUUGGGGCACUGGCGGCCAGUGGAAGCCUGUUCCUUGUGCUUGCCAUUGCUGGCCCAUUGCUGGCCUGGAGACUUCGGGCACGCUGGGCACCCAAUAGCCGGGGCCUGGGCAAAACGUGUGGUGCUCAGCAUGGUUCCAGGCCCGGCUCAGGCCGGCAGCCAAGGUACAGUAGCCGGAGCCUCAACCCUAAGCAGCCAGUGGCCACCCUGCCCAGAAGCCCCUCGCCUGACUAUGAGAACAUGUUCAUGGGCCAGCCACCUGAUGGGCAUCAGUGGACCAAACAUGGGACUCACCACCCUUCAGAGGACAGCGACUUCUACAUGAACUAUGAGGGUCCCCAGCAGGCCUCCCAGCCUGUCUACGGCAACCUGCAGUGCCCAGACCAGGCCCCACUGGACGAAGAGGAGUAUGUGGUCCCCAGGGUGCUGAGCCUGUGAUGGCCUCAACUCCAGCCUGCCCCCUUCCAGGUGAUUCGGGGCAUUCCAGAUCUCCGCUGGCUUCAGUCUCCCAGUCUGAAGAAUGGGAACAGGGAAGGACUAUCCUUGCAGCCCCCUCCCCAGCCUUCUGCUCUGUUCCUCAGCCCCCUGGGCUGCUGGAAGGGGUAAAGGAGAGACCCCAACACAGAUACAGGAGGUUCAAGGUGUGAACUCUGUUGUCACCUUCCUGUUGGUCUGCAGACGGUGCUCAAUAAACACUGUGGGGCUGACAAGACUUG